AUGCAAAGUGGCGAAACGGUACACAUUUCUUCUGCGAACGGCAAAGAAACAGUUGCGGUACGCUGUGGUCCCGACAAAGUUCGCUAUGGCAUUUAUGAUACCAACCCCAAGUAUGCACUGGCUUUAUUUGUGAAUUCAAUACGCAUCAUGCAGCAGUGGAUGUUGAAUGACGCUGAUUCGGGGUGGAGACUGUCCUCAUCAUAA